AUAGCUUCGUUACGUUGUUUCUUCGUUUCAACGAAGUUUUUUGCCACUGAUUUAUGAGCUUCUUCCUUGCCAAGGCUAUUCGAUACAAUCACGACGCUUCCGCUGGCCUCCGACGACACUACCUACGCCUGCCUUAGAUACCUUACCUUCAUCAACCAGCUUUUUCUUUUUCUUUUUCUUAUUCUUAAAUCACCAUGGUCAACAUUGCAGAUAGACGAUUUGCUCCAUUGUCACGUACUGGAUCUCCGCUGGGUCGUAUGCUAACGGUUAUUAAUUGUCCCAAUACUACUCUACGCUAUCUAAUUCUUGAUUGCCCUACCGAAUCUACCCUUGAUUUCUAUAUGGAAGAGUUUGCUCACUUGAACGUUACCUCGGUGGUACGAUGCUGCCAACCAACCUACAAUGCGGCCCGAUUAGCAGAGCGAAAGAUAAACGUCAUCGAUCUUCCCUUUAAAGAUGGUGGUGUGCCAUCUCCUUAUGUGAUACGAGAAUGGCUUCAGCUGGUUGAGAAAACAAAAGAAGAAUCCUCAGUAGGUUGCUUACAAACCAUUGCAGUGCAUUGCGUGGCGGGUCUUGGACGUGCCCCUGUGCUUGUGGCUAUUGCAUUGAUCGAAAUGGGAAUGAAGCCGUUGGAUGCCAUUGAAUUUAUCAGGAGUAAACGACGAGGGUCAUUCAACAAACCUCAGAUUGCCUAUUUGGAUUCCUACAAACGGUCUAAGCCGAAAUCGGCCAAUAACUACUCGUUACGCUCUUCUUUGGGACGAAUGUUCAAGAUCGGUGGUGGUGGCAGUGGCGGUGCUAGCAAAGCCGCCAGCACUGUAUCACAGCAAAUAUGAAUAUAUGGUAGUGCCCAUGAUCUCUCACAUCAUUCAUCACACAUACGCACAAACAAUUUCCUUUCUCUAUUUCCCUUGUCUAGAUUUCUGCAUUUGUACGUUUUUGGUUUUUUUUUUGCAAGAAUUUUUUUUUUUUCAUUUU